AUGACUUGCAUAGAACCAGGUUAUAUACACUUUCUGGAUGAGAGCUAUACUCUAGAUGAUUCAGAAAUUAGGAAUCUAGUUAGGAGGUGCCUCACACAGAUUAAUAAUGGAAUAAUUUGGACUAUGGGACGUCCAAAAAAUGGGAAAACGAACUUUUUAUAUGGUCAAUCUUAUGAUGAUUGCAACAUGAGUGAUUCAAAUGUAAAUGGGGGCAUAUUUGAAAAGGUAGUUCAUUGUUUAUUUUCAGAAAUUAGAUCACCCAAAUAUGGAAUUGAUUUACCAAGUUACUGCUAUAGUAUAGUAAAAGUCUCUUUUUUAUUAUUUCACAAAGAUGAGUACACAAAUUCUGAAAUUAUAUUUGAUGCACUUCAAGGAUUAGAUAAUCCCCUUGAGCAGAUGCUAAAAAAAGAAAAUGAUAGUACUGGUGUAUUGAACGUUUUACAAGUUGAAGUGAGAGAACCUGUUCAUGCAUUAAACAUGCUAAAAGUAGCAAGGAAAAUUCAACAUGAAAUUAAUUCAAUAAGUUAUAAUGGUGAAGAAUAUAUCCCUAAUAUAAGAUUUCACUCACUACUUGUACUCGAACUUGAAUCUAUUAUCUUCAAAUCUUCUCUAACAAAGGAUUUAGAGAGUUAUAACAAUUUUAUAUAUAUCCUGGAUCUUAUUGGUGAUCCCUCGUGGAUAAAUAUAGAAAUAGGUUUAAAUGAGGAGAAAAGUGAAUUACAGACAAUGAGUUUCAUUGGAAAAAUUUUGGCCUACUUACAGAAUUCAAAAAAUUACCCAGUAUGUCUGACUAAAACUUUAGCAUAUUGUAUGUUAAAUAAAAAAUGUAUUUGUAUUGGCUAUGUUACAGGAAAUAAUAAUGAUCAAAUUAUUUUCAAAGAUACAAAUAGUAAGGAAUAUGAGGAUAUAUGGUAUGAAGAUAGAAAUGAUUAUAGUAUUUCUCAACCUUCUAUUUUUGGUUUACUAGAUGAACUUGAGAGUUAUAUCCAAAUUAUAAGAUGUAAAUAUGAUUUGAAUGAUAAAGAAAAUAUUUUAAAAAUUUUAUCUGAAAAGAGUGAAGAAGAUGAGCUAUGUACUCUAUUUGUAAACAUUACAACAAUUAUCUAUAGAAUAACAGGAAAAUUUGUUAGUUACUCAAAUAUACUGCUUAACAUUAACGACAUUAUUACGUUACUGAAUUCAAAUAUAGAGGAAUCAGAUUAUUUGGAAAAUCAUCUUAGUAAUACUAUAAAUUCAUUAACUACAAGUAUAAUCAAUGAAAUUAUUACACUUUGGAUGACAGAUGAGAGAAUAAAAGAAGAUAAUGUAGCAAAACUAACUGAGGGGAGUAUAGAAGUCCAGAAAUCUAGUGAUAAUCUUGAAAAUCUUAGUUCUAUAAUGGAAGAACUUUUAUCGAUGAGUUAUUCACCAUUUGAGGAAUUUUCAGAAAAAGAUGUAGAUAGUUUGAAUGAUCUGAGCUGUUCAGAGUCCCCAUUCAAUGAGCUUUGUUCAGGUAAUGAUUUUAAUUAUAAAUUAGACGAUAACACACCAUCAUUGACUAAUGAAGAUCAAUCUAAAAUUAUUUCUUCUUUUAAAAAUAGUUCAUUAGAGUCAAAUGUAAGCGAAAUGAAUUUUGAGUUGAAUCAUGAGAAAUUGAAGGAUAAUGUGGAAAAUAAAGCCCUUUUAAAUCAAAAAAUUGGGUCUAGAAAGUCAAAAGAUAACACAAAUUUUAGUUUAAAGAGGCAACAUAAGUUUAAUCAAGUUUAUACAAGAAAUAGAAAAGAAGGUAUCUACGAAAAAAAAAAUAAAAAAAAGAAUAUUUACCUGGAUUCAUCAUCAGAAAUAUGGUUGGCUGUGAACAGAGCAAGAAGGCGUGUAAGAGAAUAUCGUUUAAGAGAACAAUUAAUGCAUUCUCAGGAGCUAUUAGAAAUUCCUGAAAGUCAGGUUAAGAAAGAUAAUAAGACUUUAAGUUUAUUAACAAAGGAAAUAAGUCAAGUUACCAAUAAAAAUUCAGAUCCAUUUAAGAUUUGGUGCUCUAAGUUUUUGGAUUUCCCACUAAAUAAAGUAGAUAUAUUAAACUUACAAAAAGAAGAUAGACAAAUCCAGCUGUCUUCGUCACCACCACGCAUUGAAAGUUUCACAGUUAAAGUUAUUCAAGACAAGCAGUUAGAUAAUAAUGAAAAUAGUACAAAUAAGUUAAAUCUAACAACUUCUUUGAAAGAUGCCGAAAUACAGGUUUCUGCAUUAGAUAUUAUGAGGAUAAACCAUAGUAUAAAUAAAGAUGAAAUUGAAAUAAGAUCAUAUGCAGAUCAAAUUCCAGGUUAUUCAGAAGAAGAAAAGAUUACAGAAGUAAUAAGUGAUUUAGAUCAGUGGAAUAAAGAUCAAGUAAAAGGAACUAUUGAAAAGAAAGAUAUACAAUCACCAAUAGUUCAGUUAUCUUUAAAUCAAGUGAAAAAUUAUAAAAUUCUUGAUGAUAAAAAUAUUAAAAAAGUUGAUACUGAAUCAAAAAGUCAAGUUCCAACUUAUCGCAAAAUCUUUACUCAAAAACCAACAAGUGGAACUUACUAUUUAGUCAAUAAUUAUGUAGCAUCUAAUUCAAAUAACAAGUUUGCCUUUCUUCCAAAUGAGACAAGUUUGAAGUCACCUCUACAACCGAUAGUUUAUUAUCCUAGAUUUUGGCAUAAUCCUCAACUAAAUCAAAUACAAAGUAGAAUGGCUCUUAUACCUCAGUACCAAAAUUAUUAUAAUCUAAAUCAGAAAUAUAUAUGGGGUUAA